AAAAACAUAAAACGGUUUUGUUUGUAUUUUCAGGUUUGAAUCCUUAUGUUACGGAUGAUGGGAAAACAACGAUGUAUCAUUGUGACAAGUGCCCAGAGACAUUUUUUGACUCUUUAAAACUGAACAGACAUAGGAAAAAUGUUCAUGGAUUGCUCAAGUUGGUCUGUAACAUGUGUGACGCAUCUUUAUCAAACACACACUAUCAAUUAUAUGCAAAGCAUUUAUAUUACACACAUUACUUUGAUGGUAAGGGUUGCUUUGAGUGUGACAUAUGUGGAAAGUUCCAUAGCAAUGAAGAAGCCCUGAAGCGGCAUAAGGUAAUCCAUGAAACACGGACAUUUCACCAGUGUAAAAUUUGUGGUCAGACAUUUACGAUGUUGGCCAAUCUCAAAAUUCAUGAGGAGCUAUAUGGAAACAAUCCACAUGUUGCUAGAAAGCGUAUGGAUGACACAAAGAAAACCCACCAGUGCGUUCAUUGUGGAUUAAGGUUUGCCCGGGAUGCCCAUGUGAAACGGCAUAUUCUAACUCAGCAUUCAAAUGCAGAAGUUGUCGAAGCAGUCAGACAGGAAGAAAGAAAGCGUAUAAAUGGACACAAAAAUAAAAGACUUUUCACAAAACGUUACUUUCCUGGUUAUAUGCCAAAACCAGAGGGAGAGACAUCAUCUCAAGGAAGAGCCAGAAGAAGGGCUAAUAAAAAAAUAAAACUUGCUUCUAAAGCUGCAAUAGAAGAAGCACGUGAGGCUAAUGCUCGUUCAUUGGCAUACAAAAAAAGUCAGCUGGAAAAGCAACAAAAAAAUAACCCACCUCCUGUCCAACAACCUCCUGCCCAACAACCUCCUGUUCAACAACUUCAACAGCCUCAACACCCUCAGUCUCUACCUUCUCCUUUGCCUACUCAGGUUCCUUUACAAAGACCAAUGCCACCACCCAUGCAUCAACUGCCUCCAGAGAUGGCCCAAGCAUCAAUGCCUCCACACACGCAUUCUCAUUCGCAUCCUCAUUCACAUUCUCAACCUGGUGGUCUACCUCCCCCAAACCCCAUGCAUAACCAGAUCUCAAUUCCCAUGCACUCUCAGAGACCAGGACCACCUCAUGCCCACAUUAUAACCAUGCAAUGUCAGAAUCAGGUAAGCUUUUUAUAUUAAACUAACAUAUUCUUUACAAGAAGCAAAAUAUUUCUCAGAUAUAAUCAGAAAACAUUAACACCAACAUCAUUACCAUUAUAAAUGAAAUUUCACUAACUUGCUAGCAUUCACGAAUUCAACUUUCGACUGACGCUUGAUGAUUUGAUUGCUAUUUUAUGGCCAACUCAUUUUGAUAUGAAAAGCACCUGCUGCGCAUCUUUAUAACUGAUAGCUAUUAAGUCUAACCCAAUCGCUGACCUACAUGACUAACAGUGACAACUGGUCUGUUCAUUAUUUCCAACAAGCGGCUUUAUGAUUUUGUUGCAGUGGCACAAAAAGUCACAUGAACACUGUUAGUUAACUAGUGG